AUGUCGUCCAUCAAUACAUCAUAUUUGAACCCCAUAACUGUAAUCUUGAUUGGAAUUCCUGGACUAUUCGGACAUGUGCAGUUUUGGAUUGGGUUUCUUUUUGCUGUGUGCCUGGUGGCUCUUUUGGGAAAUAUCAUUUUAUUAAUCACCAUCCCCACAGAAUCCAGCUUGCACCAGUCCAUGUACAUCUUCCUGGCUGUGUUGGCAGCCUCUGACAUAGGAUUCUGUGCAGCCAUUGCUCCCAAGAUGUUGGCUAUCUUCUGGUUCAGAUCUUGUUCCAUGGCCUUUGACACCUGCCUAGCCCAACUGUUCUUCAUUCACACAUUGCAGUGCAUGGAGUCUGUCAUCCUUUUGGCCAUGGCUUUUGACCGUUAUAUUGCCAUCUGUGAUCCACUGAGGCACACAUCCAUCCUCACACCUUCUAUUCUGGGUCGCAUGGUAGUGAUGGUGGCAAUAGGAGCUACAGUGCUAGUUGGUCUGUUACCCAUUUUAAUCAAAAGACUGCAUGUUUUCCGUUCCAUUCUUAUUGCCCACUCUUACUGUGAGCACAUGGCUGUGGUCAAACUGGCUGCAGAAGACAUCCAAAUCAAUAAAGCAUGUAGUCUUUUUGUGGGUUUUACAGUUCUGGGAUUUGACACGAUUUUUAUCCUUAUAUCCUAUAUCCUUAUUUUCCAGGCUGUUUUUCGUCUACAUCGAAAAGAGGCAAGACUCAAGGCACUUAAUACAUGUACAGCUCAUAUUUUGGUUUUCCUUGAAUUUUAUAUUCUUGCCUUUUUCUCUUUCUUCAGCCACCGUUUUGGACAUGUUGCCCCCUCUACACACAUUAUUCUGUCUACUAUUUACCUCCUUGUCCCUCCUGCACUCAACCCUAUUGUUUACGGUGUAAAAAAUAAGGUAAUUCGUAAACGUGUGGCACAGAUUUUUUGUGAAUCAUGGGUUCCAGCAGUGAUUUAUCAAAUGUCUGUUGUCAUGUAG